AUGGUUUGCAUUCUGGGAAUCGAAGGGUCGGCGAACAAAAUUGGGGUUGGCAUUGUUAGAGAUGGCGAAGUACUAUCGAACCCACGUGCAACGUUCCAUGCCCCUCCCGGUGAGGGUUUCAGGCCCAGUGAAACGGCGCAGCAUCAUCGUCAGCAAAUCCUAAGAGUUCUAUCGAAAGCUCUCAGUGAUGCUAACAUCAAAGAGCCAGAGAAAGAGAUUGAUGCUAUUGCGUUUACGAAGGGACCUGGAAUGGGAGCUCCUCUACAGGUUGGUGCUGUUGUUGCCCGCACUUUGUCACUAAUGUGGUCGUUACCUUUGGUCCCUGUUAAUCAUUGUAUUGGUCAUAUUGAAAUGGGUCGACUUAUCACCGGCGCGAACAAUCCGGUGGUCUUAUACGUUAGCGGUGGAAACACACAGGUAAUAUCCUAUUCACACUAUAAAUAUCGUGUGUUUGGAGAAACGAUUGAUAUUGCUGUCGGUAAUUGCCUUGAUAGGUUUGCAAGAGUGGUUAAACUGCCGAACGACCCCAGUCCCGGCUAUAGUAUUGAGCAGGCGGCCAAAAAAGGAAGUCGACUGUUGGAACUACCGUAUAACGUAAAAGGAAUGGACGUAGCAUUCUCUGGUAUUUUAUCAUUAAUUGAAAGCAAAGCUUCACAGCUUUUAUCUAGUGCAGAGUGUACAGUUGAGGAUUUAUGCUUUUCUUUACAGGAAACUGUUUUUGCAAUGUUAGUGGAGAUAACGGAAAGAGCUAUGGCACACACAGGAAGUAAAGAAUUGCUUAUUGUCGGAGGUGUCGGAUGUAACAAGAGAUUACAGGAAAUGGCUGAAUCAAUGUGUGCAGAUCGUGGUGCACAUUUGUUCGCUACCGAUGAAAGGUUUUGCAUCGAUAAUGGUGCAAUGAUUGCUCAAGCAGGAUAUUUAAUGCAUAAAGCUGGACUGAAAUGUGAACUGGAAAAAUCCACCAUAACCCAACGCUACCGUACUGAUCAAGUAAAUGUUUGUUGGAGGACAAAAUAA